AUGCGUCUCUCAGCGGCGCUUUGCGCCCUAAUCUCCCUAUCUUCCUUCGUCUCUGCUUCUCCCUGGCGAGAAGAUCUUGUCGACUACAAUAUCAAUGUCAACAAGGACGCUACAGACCCUACGCAAUAUGAUGCAGAACGCCCUAAUUCAACCUACACCCCCUCACCUGAAAACUGGCGCGCUCUCCCCACAUACACAAUUCUUCUCGACAAGUUUGCCGACGGGGACCCCACCAACAACGAUUUUUUCGGCACCAUGUAUGAGUCUGAUAUCCGCGAAACACAGCUUCGCUUUGGUGGCGAUUUGAAAGGCCUCGUCUCCAAACUAGAUUACCUGCAUGGCAUGGGCGUUAGGGUUAUUUUCAUGUCUGGAACCCCCUUCCUUAACAUGCUUUGGCAAGCGGACAGUUAUUCACCCCUCGACUUCAGCGUUCUUGAUCCUCAUUGGGGUACCAUUAAUGAUUGGCGAGACGCAAUCGAUGCUAUUCACGCAAGAGGAAUGUAUUUUAUGGCAGAUUUCACGGUUGGAACAAUGAGCGAUCUCAUUGGGUUUGAAGGUCAUCUGAAUACGAGUACUCCUUUUAAUCUGAAUGAAUACAAGGCCGUGUGGAAGAAGCCAAAUUACAUUCCUUGGAAUUUCUCAGAGUAUCGCGAUUUCCAGAUUGGAAACGAACGCAAUACGUCUUGCGUCAUGCCCAAGUUUUGGGAAGAUGAUGGCACUGUCGUCAAAGUGGAGACCAAUGGAUGUAUGGCUUCUGACUUUGAUCAGUAUGGUGAUAUGGAGGCUUUCGGUGUGCAUCCUGACUGGCAGCGCCAAUUGUCCAAAUUCGCCUCCGUCCAGGAUCGUCUUCGUGAAUGGAAACCUGAUGUUAUGGCCAAGAUCUCUACGUUUUCUUGUCUCGCCAUCAAAGCUCUCGAUAUCGACGCUAUCCGUAUCGAUAAAGCCACACAAGUUACGGUAGAUGCAUUGGCCGUUUGGGCCUCACGUACACGAGAAUGUGCAAGAAGACUUGGGAAAACCAACUUCUUUAUUCCUGGCGAAGUCACUGGUGGAGAUACUUUCGGGUCGCUUUACUAUGGACGCGGUCGAACACCUACACAACUACCACCUGGAUUCCUUGCCGCUGCCAACGUUACUGCUAAUCAGGACGAAUUCUUCCUUCGUGAGGCUCCUCUCAAUGCUUUAGACAGUGUUGCAUUCCACUAUUCGUUCUAUCGCGCAAUUGCUCGCUUCUUGGGCAUGGACGGGAACCUCCAAGUUGCAUAUGACAUUGACAACAAUUUCGUAACAGCGUGGAAUCAGAUGUUCGUCAAGAACGAUUUUCUCAAUCCUUCCACUGGGAAACUGGAUCCAAGGCACAUGUUUGGAAGCAGUAACUUCGAUAUUUUCCGCUGGCCUAGUCUGGAAUCCGGUACACAAAAAAGUGUUUUGGCUACUUUCAUUGCGUCUUUGGUCAUGCCCGGUAUUCCCUUGCUCUACUACGGUGAAGAACAAAACUUCUACCUCUAUGACAAUGGUGCUUCCAAUUACCUUUACGGUCGUCAAGCCAUGAUCAGCAAUCAAGCCUGGAAGAGGCAUGGAUGUUAUGUUCUUGGCUCAGAGCAAUAUUUCAACAUGCCUCUGGAAAAGGCCUUAUUCGGCUGUCAUGAUGACUGGAAUGCCCUUGACCAUUUUGAUCCCACCACCGACAGUCGACUACUCUUUUCCCAAUUCCAUACAUUGCGCGAAGCCUAUGGCGCUCUUCAAGACGGUUUCAACCUUGUCCAACGUGGUAACUGGACCUAUUUCAUUGAGCGACCAGGUUCCAACGGCACUGGUACUGAAAUGGGUCUAUGGUCUGUUUCUCGUUCUGCGCUUACCGGGUAUCAGACUGUUGGGGGCAAUUUCACAGGACAAGUCUGGUUGCUUUUCACCAAUGAAAACAGGACCCGAACCUACACCUUCGACUGUAGUAGCAAGGACUGGAUUUCCACACCUUAUGUUUCUGGCACAACGGUCCGCAAUCUCUUUUCUCCAUUCGAAACAUAUGUUUUGCAGGAUUCUCGGGAUUCCUUCCAAAACAAUGGGGGAGCUCCCUGGACGGGUUGCUUACCUUCCAUUACCAUGGAUCCUUAUGGUUUUAAAGCCCUCGUUCCAAUAAAUCAAUGGUCUCCUCCUCGUCCCGUCAUCACAAAGUUCACUCCAGGCCAUGAUUAUCGGGCAUUGGUCACCGAUCCUGGCGCUUCUAACGCAACUACCCUCAAUAUCGGCUUCGAAUUCAAUGUCCCUAUGGCUUCGUGCGAUGCAGUGUCAAGGGCUAUCACAUACACCAUGGCAUCAUCAGGAAAAGGAGGGAACCCAACGGUCACUAAUGUCAGAUGCGGUGCAAUGACUGGCACCAACACUUCGCCCUUGGCUGCUGCCCCUGUCUCUGCAUGGAGUUGGAAUGCUACGUUGACCAACGUCCCUGAUGGGGUUUUGACGAUCACUGUUAACAACGCGCCCGCCGCACCUGCAGCUGGCGCCGCCACUGGCACAGGGACUAUUGACCACUUCCUUGUCAGGAAGGGUGCUGCUGACAACGUGAUGGUCUUCCCCACAAAUGAUUACAACACGACAGAUUCUUUCAAAAUGGAGGGCGGCAAAUACACGUUCACUCACAAAGCGUUUGGAGCAGACUUUUUCCGCUAUUCUGGCAACUUUGGGAAGACCUGGACAGCUUGGACACGAUGGGAGGAUACCACAACGAUUGAUUCUUCAGUUUUCAAGAAAAAUUCUGACAACUUCUGGGCUGGCGACCAUAUUCAAGUUCAAUAUUGGAGUAAUGCGACAACCUCUGCUGCCCAUAUGGUGCACGCUGAUCUCAAUUAUAACGGAAAACCCCGUCGUGUCCCUCAAUUUUUGGCUCGUGGUCCCUUCAACCAAUGGGGUUACGAUGCUGGUAUCAACCAUCUCAUGGAGUUGAAUCCGGAUGGCAAAUGGGAGCUUGAGAUCAUGGGUAGCUGGCCAACCUACCUACAACUAAACGUUUGGGGAUUCGACGACUACUUUUAUGGAGACGCGGAUGGUGACGGUGUACUCGAUCGUCUACCACCUAACACUGUUGCGCCAAAUUACCUCAAUAUAUCUGCCCCUCCGUCGCCUCAUCUUUCGUGGUCUCUUCUCGUUGACGAUUCUACCAUGACCUGGUCGCUCAAACCUCGUGGACAGGUAUCUGUGGGAAUCAUCAUGUAUGCAUUACUACUUGCCAUUCCUCUCAUCACUGCAACUUUGGCUGUUCUCAUCUUCAUGUGGACAUUCUACGGCAUCCGACACAAUCAAUACGGUGUUAAAGUCAAGAGCCAUACCAACUACUUCCCCAUCUUCGGAAAUAAAUCUGCUGCUGACCUCAAGGAGUCGACACCAAUGUCUGAGAAGAUAUUUGGCCACAAGCACAACACAGAGAUCAUUGGGUGGCCAGAGGAUAAAAAUAAGCGUCGAAAGGUUCUCAUUGCCACGCUUGAAUAUGAAAUUAUAGAUUGGAAGUUGAAAGUCAAGAUUGGUGGUCUUGGUGUCAUGUCAAGUUUGAUGGGUAAGGCCAUGACUGACGUCGACCUUAUAUGGGUUGUUCCUAAAGUCAAGGAUUUGGAAUAUCCUGCUGGUGAACCUGCGGAACCUAUCGAGGUCAUUAUCUUCGGAGAGCCUUAUUUGAUUGAAGUUGAAACCCACGUCUUGGACAACAUCACCUAUAUCAUUCUCGACAGUCCUGUCUUUAGGGCGCAAACAAAGGCCGAUCCAUAUCCCGCUCGCAUGGACGAUUUGAGCUCUGCUAUCUUCUACUCUACAUGGAAUCAAGCUAUUGCCGCUACUAUUCGACGACACCCCACUAUCGACAUCUACCACAUCAAUGAUUACCACGGUGCCCUCGCCCCUAUCUACCUACUUCCUAAAGUCAUCCCUGUCUGUCUAUCCCUUCAUAACGCCGAGUUCCAGGGUCUCUGGCCUCUGCGAACCAAGGAAGAAAUGAAGGAGGUCUGCUCCGCGUUCAACAUUAGCAAAGAGCACUGCACAAAAUAUGUCCAAUUCGGAAACACUUUCAAUUUGUUGCAUGCGGCUGCCUCGUUCAUCAGUACCCAUCAAAAGAGUGUUGGUGUUGCCGGUGUAUCCGACAAAUACGGAAAGCGCAGUUGGGCUCGAUAUCCCGCCCUUUGGACACUCAAGCAUGUCGACUCAUUGCCAAAUCCUGAUCCUUCGGAUAUUGCGGCACUGGACGAGAAGCCAAUGGAAGCUCGCGACGUUCAGAUCGACGAGGUUGCCGAAGCUGCACGUCCGGAACUCAAAAGACAGGCACAAGAGUGGGCUGGAAUCAAGCAGGACCCUAACUCGGAUUUGUUCGUGUUCGUUGGUCGUUGGUCAAAACAAAAGGGAGUGGAUCUUAUUGCGGAUGUCAUGCCUUCUCUCCUGGAAAAACGGCCAACCAUUCAAUUAAUUGCUGUCGGGCCUGUUAUUGAUCUUUACGGCCGAUUUGCAGCAGAAAAGCUUGCCCGUCUCAUGGAGCUGUAUCCCGAUCGUGUCUACUCCAAACCAGAAUUUACGGCCCUCCCCCCUUACCUUUUCAGCGGUGCCGAUUUUGCUUUGAUUCCUUCCCGUGAUGAACCUUUCGGUCUCGUGGCGGUCGAGUUCGGUCGUAAGGGUGCUCUUGGUGUCGGAAGUCGAUUGGGUGGUUUGGGUUUAAUGCCUGGAUGGUGGUACCCUGUAGAAUCAAGCGCUACAAAUCACAUGCUUUCUCAGCUCACAAAAACAAUCAAAAUGGCUUUGAAAUCAACUGAAGAGGAGCGUGCUAUCUUGCGGGCAAGAUCUGCUAUUCAACGUUUCCCUGUAGUAGAGUGGCGCCAAAGAAUGGAGGAUUUCCAUAAGCGUAGUAUCAAUAACAGUCGUUCCAUCGCUGGUCCAAAUGCGUGGAGAGAGUCCGACUGUGAUGGAGGUGGUCUUCGCCCUAUGGCUGAUACCGAUGAUUGGGAUCCAAUUGCCCAAGCACAGCCUACUCAACCUGAAUGGGAUGCCCGCAGCUUUAAUGAUGGUCCUCAGGUUCAUACUCCAGGAUCUCCAGCACAAUGGAGUCAAGAGUCUCUCACUCCAGGAGGAGAACACACCCCACGCUCUGGAAAUCAGUAUUCUGAUGAUGAUUACUUUGCACACCAUCAACGGGGAAGCGUCGCUCCCAGCUUAGCACCCAGCAUGGCUGACAGUCCUGGUGGUUACAACAAUUUCCUAGAACGUGCAAAUCGUACCAUUGCCAAAGACCAAAAACAUGUUCCUGAUCCAUUCCUCGAUCCUGGUUUGGCACCAAGUCGUCCAUUCGGAUCACACUCGCGCGUUUCCUCUGUUGAAUCUAUCUCAUCUAUUGUAGAAGAAAAAUCCAACUCUCCUCUGAACAAAGCUAUUGCAUCAUUCACUGAUUCGGAUGGUGGAGUUGCUUCGGAGUUUGUGCAGAAGCUACAAACACUGAACGCCAAAAACUCUGAGCAUGAGCUUUCAAUCGAAAAAUUCUUGACUAAGAGCGAGGAGGCCUUCUUCGGUAAAGUUCGCAAGGAGAAACUUUCAACUGCUGCCAGUAUCCGGUCAUCACAGCGAGAUUCGAUGUGGGGGACUCCUUCACCUUCACUCUAUUCUCGUCCAGAUUCCCCCAACAUGCAAGCAUUUUCUCAGGGAGAUUAUGACGGACCCUUGCACCAAGAACCUAAUAUGCCGGAAGUCACACCUAUGACAGGUCUUCAAAUCGCUAUGUCUCGUGAAAUUGGCGGUUGGCCACUAUAUACCAUCGUCAUUGGCUUGGGCCAGAUGUUGAGCGCGACCAGUUUCCAAAUUACAUUGCUAACGGGUCGUAAUUGGCAAGAUAACGUUCAACUUUAUGUGCUUGGUGGCGUCUUCCUUGCCGCGACAGCUGUCUGGUACCCUAUGUUCAGGCUCAAACCCUCUAUCUAUGUCCUUUCUCUUCCAUGGAUCUUCUUCGGUCUGGCUUUCUUCCUGAUCGGCCUUCCUUCAGUCCAUUCAUCAUUGCAUCCGGCUCACCGUGCGCUUUCGAGUGCAGCGACCUGGUGUUACGCAGUUGGUUCUGCUGCCGGGUUCCUAUUCUUUGGUCUUAACUUCGGAGAAGAAGCCGGCGCUGCAACGGAGGUUUGGACACUUAGAGCUUGUAUUGUGCAAGGUUCUCAGCAAAUCUGGGUGGCUGCUUUGUGGUAUUGGGGUUACAACCUCAGCGGAAGGACUGACGAUUACAUUACCCCGUGGUGGAUUGUUACCAUCGUGUGGCCAUUAGCGUUCGCGAGUUUCCUUUUCGCCUAUCUUAUGCUCUACGGUUUACCGGAAUAUUACCGGCAAACGCCCCCAAAGGUUCCUCACUUCCUGAAGACCCUUUUCAGGCGGAAACUCGUUUUAUGGUUCCUUGCAUCUGAAAUUCUUCGCGACUAUUGGUUGAGUGGACCUUACGGACGUAACUGGACUUUCCUGUGGAGUGUGGACGUUCCCAAAUGGCAAAUUCUGAUCCUCGUUGUCACCUUUUUCGUCUUUGUCUGGGCGGCGAUGCUCCUUGUUUUGACACAUUUCAGUAAAACUCACACUUGGUUGCUUCCUGUAUUCGCCGUUGGGCUAGGUGCUCCUAGAUGGUGUCAGAUGUUAUGGGGUACCUCUUCUCUGGCCUUGUACAUCCCUUGGGCUGGUAGUGCCGGACCAUAUCUUGGUAUCUCUCUCUGGCUUUGGCUGGGCGUUCUUGAUGCCAUUCAAGGUGUUGGUUUGGGAAUGAUUCUUCUGCAGACACUCUCGCGACUUCAUGUCUGCGCCACCCUGGCCUUCGCGCAAGUAAUUGGGUCCAUUUGUGUUAUGAUUGCCCGUGCAACCGCACCCAACUCAGUUGGCCCUGGAUCCGUGUUCCCUGAUGCUGCCAAGUGGGACUUUUCAGAAGGCCUGUCAGGGAGCCCAAUGGCUCUGCCAUUAUUCUGGAUCGCUCUUGUUUGCCAGCUCGUCAUUGUUCUCGGAUAUUUCUGGUUCUAUCGCAAGGAACAGCUGGCACGACCUUAA